CUUUCUCAAAUUUUUUUAAGGUUUGGGAGAGAGAAAUGGCACCAGCAAAGGCAACACUGGCAUUGGCACUCCUUUGCUUUCUCUUGGUACAAGAGAUGGAGGUCUUCAGUGGACAGCAAUUGUCAGUUGAUGCUCAACAAAUAGAUUGCAAGGGCAAAUGUGCGUUCAGGUGCAGCAAGGCGAAGGCGCAAAAGAUGUGCAUUAGGUCAUGCAAUUCAUGCUGCGAGAAGUGCAACUGUGUUCCACCAGGUACCUCAAUGAAUAGGGAGAUGUGUCCUUGCUAUGCCGGACUAACUACCCAUGGUGGAAAACCAAAGUGCCCCUAAAUUUUCAACCCAUUCAAUGCAAUGCCAUAAUUAACAUACUUUUUAACUUUUUUUUUUUUUUUUUUUUUUUGGGUAAAUUAUUUUUUAUUGUUUGGAUUUAACAAUAAUAAAAGUCAGGAUAUAUAAUAUACUGAUUAAAACCAUACCUUUCAUUGGUUUUCAGAUCUAUAAUUUACCAAUUUGGAUUGUAAUAUUCAAUUCUCUCGAUUUCAAAUUUAAGCUAUUGUAAGACGAGUAACACUUUUGCGAUGCGAUAUCAUGACAAAAAUUUAAUCUUUCUCUCUUAAUUUCAAUUUUAAGCUAUUGCAAGACGAGUUACAUAUUUGUGUUGUAUAUCAUGAUUCAUGAGAC